AUGCACCAAUCCCUUGAAGUUCCACCAGCAACAGAGCAUUAUCUUCUUCCCAUGGAUAUCAGGCGAGCAAGUCAUCGUCGACCACUUCUGGAGGAUGUCCUUAGUGUGGCUCGUCUACGAGGCUUUCAUCGCCGCCUUGGAAUCUUUGAAACCAUCGUUGACAUUGCCGAAUGUCAAUUAAUCGUUGGAGCCAAUACAGUCGUGGAUAUCCUGAUCGAUAUAAGUCGAAAUGAUUGUGAAGACAAGAGUUCUACUUUUUGUAUCGAUCCCACACCUUUCACUGUUGAUGGAGAACAAAUUGUGGAGUUUGAAAGUGGUUUUGGGGAGAGAAUCUCUUGGAUAUCAGAAGAUGAUCCUUCAAUUGGUGGAUAUUUCUGGACUCAACAUUUCAGACUAAAACAACAGGAAACAUUCCUUCUUGGUCCAACAAAUAACACUAAAACCGAUGGAUUGAUGUGGGCGGUUUCAUUUCGAGUCGCCAAUUGGAUAAAUGGUUGGCUAGUGAUGGUGAAAAGUGAA